AUGCCGAAACAUGCCGAAUCGUUGCGCGUGCUAACGUGCACCUCGCGCUUCAGAAAAUACCCUGGGGUCAUUGAGAUCACCGGGUGCGGAUUAGCAAUCGAGAGAAGACGUCACCACCGGCUGAAUCGAUCGAUCGGACGAUCAGACUUUAGGAUUUGGAGGGGAAUAGAAUGGAAUGGAAUGGUGAGUUUACUUUUGGGAGAGCUCAAGCGAUACUGUCUGAAUCACGAAGUGGGGCAAAGGCGGCGGAGCGUGACUGUGCACAAACGACAUGCUGCCACCUCGGCAGACAACACUCGCCCCGUCAGGAAGGGCAGAAAUGGCGAGCCUAAUAUUCGGCCCGAUGGGCCUCGAUGCAUUUUACAAAAGCAGCGGCACUCGGGCAUCGGAAUAUACAGACACCAGGCUGAUGACGAGCGGGCUCGUCAGCCACGUCAUCGCUACUCUCCUCCGUGGCACGAUGACGUCAUCGGGGUUCGGCCUCGCUGCCUGCGCAGCUGUUCGAGAGCCGAAGGAUCAAGAGAGAGCGAGAGAGAGAGAGAGAGAGAGAGGGGCAUGGGGACAGCGGGACGGCGAGAGAGAAUGAAGCGACUAAAUGCGGAAGCGCUGUCUGGGCAGUCGGUGGGCGACGGGAGGGGCCAACGGGGGAGGGGUAGAUAG